AUGGAUGCCUCUCGGUCUGAUCCUCCCCGAGGCAGUCGGCGGCGUUUGGCAUUGACGCUCUCGAAGCUCCGCUGGGCAGACAGACAGACAGGCAGGGCGGCUGGGAACGCCUCGUUUGCUGGCUUGUCUGGACCGCUCGUCUCCGGUAUCAGGUUGCUGUGGGUUGGUGUUGGGGGUGGAGGACAAUCCUACACGGGCAGGAGGGGUGAUGCAGCGCCGCUGUGCCGCAGACUAUGGAUACAACACCCUGGAAACAUACGCUGCGUUUAG